AUGUCGACUAGAGUCAAAGGCAAAGCUAUGUUGCCACCAAUAAAUUGUAUCUUUAACUAUUUACAACAGCAAACACUGGUAACAAUAUGGUUGUUUGAGCAGGUUGGCAUAAGAAUCAGGGGUAAAAUAGUGGGAUUUGAUGAGUUCAUGAACGUAGUUAUCGAUGAUGCUGUGGAAAUUCCUGUUAAUAGCGCGAAUGGUAAAGAGGAUGUGGAGAAAGGAACGCCUUUGGGGAAGAUCCUCUUAAAAGGUGAUAAUAUCACAUUAAUAACGUCCGUUGACUAA